AUGUGGUGUACGCGACAAUUCCUGCAGCGCGGCCCUCCUACUGCUGCUGCUGCUGCUGCUUCUAUUCCUAGUAUUCCUUCUCCUCUGACGGACUCUAGUGUUACCCGGCCGCUUUCAACAAAGAAUAUUCGCCGUCCAAAGAAAUUGCAACGCCAAAUGUUUUUAGAACGAUUAAAAAAACGUCGUCGAGCCCGGGCAAAGUUAAUUGCCUCGCAGGAAGAAGCUCAAAAGUCUUCUAUGAACGCUUCUAAUAUAAAUGGUCGAGAUGUUAUCAUGGCUCAAUUAGCAGAUGAGAUUUUUAGCAGAGGACACAAACAUAUCUGUUGUGCCACUAAUAUUUCCUUUGUCCCUGAUGGAAACCCGGCAACACCAGAAAUCGCCUUUGCAGGAAGAGGAAAUGUUGGGAAAUCAUCACUUCUACGUUCUUUAUUUCGUGCCUCUCGAGAGGUUGGACGAUCCAAUGUAAAAUUACGCCGUGAUGCUAUGAAUUUCUUUAAUGUUGGAGGUGGAAUAUUGAAUAUAGUGGAUCUUCCCGGAUUUGGUGGAACCUCUGUUCCUUGGUCAACUGUAUUACAACAUGCAAUUCUCCUGAGAAACUUUGUACAAUAUCGUCCAAGUUUAAAAAUGUUGUAUUAUUGUAUGGAUGUUCAUUACAAACAUGGGAUUUAUAUACAAGAUAUUGAUAUGCUUCGUUUUCUUUCUAAAGAGGUACCAAAUUUUACUAUAGUAUUAACAAAGGGUGAUCAAAUUAGCACGACCAAUUCUAAUAACUUAUUACGUUUAGAAGAUAUUCGUAAAGAACUUUUAUUUCAUGAUAUUACACAUCCUGUACUUGUUACAAGUGCUUAUCAUAUGGGAGGUAUUGAUACGUUGCGAUUUGAUAUGGUAAUGAAUUGUAUGCAUGCUUUACCGACAGAACGUCUCACAAUAACAGAAGCAAAGAGACUUUCUGAACGACUUUUAUCACAACGUGAAUUGAGUACAGUGCGUCAACUCUCCUUACCACCCACACAACUUCAGGAGGAUUUGCAAGCAUGGGAAGCGGAAUUAAAGGAAGAACGGGUUAUGGAAUCUUUACAAUAUUUGAAUAGUGGUACAAUGGAGGAAGAAGCUAAGGGUAAAAAAGAAAUAGAAUUACCUCUCAAACCUAAAAGUGAUGAAAGUAGUAUUAGUGGCGAUAGUGAUGAGGUUGAUAACACAAAAAAGAAGAAUGAAGAAGAUAUAACUACUUCUUUAACUGAAGUAGAUCCUUUAACAAAGUCUAUUACAAUACAUCAAUCGGAUAAAGCAGUGGCAUUUAACUCUCUCCGCAAGAAGGUAACAAACAAAUCUCUUAUGAAUUAUGUUCAGAAGACCAGUCCAUGGCGUAACCCACUUUUAUGGCCGGAAAACGUUAUUCCAACAAAACAUCCAAAAGCUAAUAUAAUGCGAUGCCCAGAAGACCCACAUAAUCCAUAUCUUACUCAAGCUCACUUUGUCUGUCCUCGAGCUGAUAUGUUCUUUCGACGCCCAAACGUUGGUUUGCGUAAGGCAUCAAAGAAAGGAAGCUAUGAAGCCGAUCGUCCUUUGGCGUUUCUUUUAAAGCAAUACACCAUACCUUAUUUUCCUGAUAUUGUAGAUGUUAAUAUGCAUCCUCUGCCGUGGACGUUUCUCGGUAGUCGCGAGGCAUAUUACGAAAAGAGUGGUGGACGUCAGUUGGGUGUACGUAUGAGAAAUUACGUUACGGAAGGGGAGGUUCGACCUCUUGCAGAUAAUCCAGCACCCACACAACCCGAUCUAACGAGAGAACUACAGGCUCUUGAGAAAGCCAGGUAUGGGUCUCCAAUAGCGAUGCUACGUCCUCCUGAAAAGUCACACAAAUCUAUUAACGACAAUGCUCUUACUGAGAAGUAA